AAACACAGUCAUUUGUCAUUGUUUUGUCAUUACAAAUUUUAAUUAUUUUGUUGAUAAUAAAAUAAUAUUAUAAAUUUAACUGAAAACAAUACGAUAUCUAUAUUUUCUUUGUAUAUCGUCCAUUGUUUUUUCAGAACGCAUAUAUUUAAUUUAUCUAUUGUGCUUUCUUUGUAUCUCAAACAAAAUUUUAAUAAAUCGACCGGAAAUUUUAAUAUUAUCAGAUCUGCUUCCACAGUUUUAGUCUGAACAUCUAAUAUGCCAUUAUUUGUGGUUCAUUUACUUAAAAUCUAAAAGUCAAUAUAAGCAAUUAAUAAAGAAAGUCACAUUCAUGCCUAAGUAAAAUAGUACAUUUUUGUUCAAGAUAAAUUCAGAAUGAGUGCACUAUUUAAUUUCCAAAGUCUUCUAUCAGUAAUCCUGCUUUUAAUUUGUACUUGUGCGUAUUUGAGAGCAUUUUUUCCAAGUUUAAUGGAUCGUAAUAAAACUGGGUUAUUGGGGACCUUCUGGAAAUGUGCAAGAAUUGGAGAAAGGAAAUCUCCUUAUAUUGCAGUAUGUUGUAUAAUCAUGGCAUUUUCAAUUUUGUUCCUUACAUAAACUAUAAUCAGAUUAUAAUAUCCUAUUGUAAAAUAUAUUAAUGCUAAACAAAUGUGUUUAUAUUUUUCUAUUACUUAUGAAGUAUAAAUAAAACUAAUACAGGAAAGAAAAACAAUAAAAGUUCACUUUUA